AUGGAAGGUUCAGUCGGGAUGAACCCGAUACCUACGUCGCCUAUGUACACCCUGCCUGGGGUUAUGCAUUAUUUGCAAACAGAAUUCACGAGGAACGAGCGGGACAGAAUUGGUUGGGAGCUGGAGAGGAGUGAGAUGAAAACCCGCAUUGCGCAGCUCGAAGGUGAGAACCGCACACUUCGAUACGAGUUGGCGAAACAAAAGAGCUCUUCGGAUACCGCAGACCAAAGUGGUCUAACCAGCGAUUUAGCAAUCCAAGAACCGCUACUUUUGAAAUCUAAGCUCGCUGUGCAAGAAAAUGUUAAGGAGAUCAUAUAUCUUCUGCGAAGCCCUAACGUCACAGAGCAAUUACAUGAACUAGGGGAUUCAGCGGAUGUUGUGCAUGGCCUGGAAGCUAUGAACUUGAACCUUCCGCUCAAUCAGCAUCAGCACCAACAAUUGCAGAGACAGCAGCAGGCGAAAUCACAAACACAGCGUCAAAGCCAGCAUCAGCGUCAGCCGCCUCAGCAAGAUUAUGAUAACGUGUCAACUCAAUCCAUUAGACAAGCACCAGUAGAGUCAUUCACGCCAGAUGUUGGGUUACAGGCGCGGUCAAUAGGCAGCCAAAGCGAACAUGUAUCCGGCGUGCUUGAUGGUAACACGUCCGACCAGAACUCUGAGGUGGAUACGAUUGUGCCGGACGAUAGUGCGACGACCCGUCCCAGAGCUUCAUCUCUGUUUUCUAGCAAAUCUGGAAGCAUUGCCCCAAACCAUGUUUUACGCUGCAAGCGGCUCAGAUAUCAUCUUGCAGGACUUGAAAAACUGAUAAUAUCUCACCAUAAUCUGCUUUCGUAUGCUCGUGAUGGGCUCAUGAAACAUUGGCUGAUCGAACCCAAUUUAAACUGCAAUGACAAGCUCACGAAAAGCUUUCACGGUCUUGCGCCAAUAGUGUUAGGACUGUACUGGUUAGAUAACCAAACCUUUUUCACAGUGGACAAUUUUGGUCUUAAAGUAUGGCUCACGACAGAAAGUGCGCCUCAUUUAUCGCUUGAUGUUUUCGGCGGUAGCUCCGACGUUAGCUUUUCUGACAUUGGCAGUAUUGACUUCAAAAACGGUUGGUUAGUGCUAACCUGCUUGGACGUCGUCCACAUCUGGGAAGUUGUUGUAACUGGGAAGGCUAUUAAUAUUGGUAGCAGGCACAAAGUGGAAGGUACUGGUAAGGUUGUGGACUCUAUUCUGGGCAUGACUGAAAAGUCGCUAAUCCUUUUCAAGGAAGACCCCUAUGAGCUUGUUAUAUAUACAUUCGGGGGUGAUAUUUUACAAAGGAUCAGCUUACAGGAAGCAGUGUCGAAACAAACAGAUUCCGCUGAUACCAGCAACGAUGGCUGUAAGAAACUCUUGCUGAACAAGCAAAGUUCCAAGCUCCUUAUCCAGUUAGGUAGGUUUGUGGCCGUUUACUCUUUCGACAGAAAGAAAAUCGUGCUGUCGAAGCAGCUUACUAUGACUCCCACCAGUGCUAUAUUCCGGUCUCCCAAAGACUACGUGAUAUUUGCUUAUGAUGAUGGCUUGAUCGAGAUGAGGAACAUAAACAACUUUCAAGAUGUCGUAAAAACAUAUAACCAUUAUGACGAAGAAGCCGAGUAUGAAGAUGAGGAUGAUACUAAAGCGAACGCUUCCAACACAACAGAAAAAGAGGUGAUGAGCGAAGUCAGGCAAACAACAUCCAAAGGAGUUAUUAUUGAUAUGACUGAAAUUGAUUCAGCAGCGGUUAUUGUCUCAGGUGGAGAUGAUGGCAUAAUUAGAUUGGAAAGGAUGGAAGAGUGCGGGUGA